AUGGAGUAUCUCAAAGCCCCUGACAAACAAGAAACCCAAGAAGAAAAGAGAAGGAACACAUGCCACGAUGUUCACUGGAGGAUCAGCACAGAGGAGAAACACAAUAAAAGCAUGAAGCUCGGGAAGAGCUUCGGCCACAGCAGAAACUCUACAAAGCUCCAGAGACUUCACAGAGGGGAGGUGCCAUAUAAGUGCUUGGAGUGUGGAAAGAGCGUCAACUAUAGGGGUAGCCUCACUUCCCAUCAGAGAAUCCACAAAGGAGAGAAGCUUUACACUUGCUCAAACUGUAGCAAGACCUUUAUCCGUAAAUCCAUCCUGAACCUGCACUUGCAAAUGCACACGGGGCAGAAACCCUACAGCUGCUCUGACUGUGGCCUGACCCUGAGUGCUCAGUCGAGCCUUGUUAGACAUCAGAGAAUCCACACCAGGGAGAAACCCUACCACUGCUCAGAGUGUGGGAAGAGCUUUAGCCAGAGUUCGGACCUCGUUAGACACCAGAGAACCCACACUGGGGAUAAGCCAUACAAAUGCUUCGAGUGUGGGAAGAGCUUCAGUCGGAGUACGGGCCUUACUUCGCAUCAGAGAACCCACACGGGUGAGAGGCCAUACCGAUGCUUGGACUGUGGCAAAGGCUUUUGCGAAAAAUUGAAUCUUAUUCAGCAUAAGAAGACUCAUGAGGGAGAAGCAAUGUAA